UAGUAGAAAAUAAUAACGAUGAUAAUCUACCUGUUACUGAUGAUGAUGUAGAAAUAAUCUCUUCUCCACUUUUAUUAAAAAGAAAAACUCAUACUGUACCUUCAAAACGACGGAAAAGUAAACACAAACUUAUACCAGUAGCAGAAAAUAAUAAUAAUGAUAAUUUGCCUGUUGCUGAUGAUGAUACAGAAAUAAUCUCAUCUACCUCCUCUUCUCCAAAAAGAAAAACUAGUACUGUACCUUCAAAACGACGAAAAAGUAUACACAAACUUACACCAGUAGCAGAAAAUAAUAAUGAUGAUAAUUUUUCCGUUGCUGAUGAUGAUAUAGAAAUAAUUCCAUCUACUUCCUCUUCUCCAAAAAGAAAAACUU